AUGGGGCUUACGACGCCGAGCAACUCGGUCGAGUAUUUGCAUCAUGUGCUUGCGCAUGUCCAGAAGCUCAGCGCCCAAGCUUGUGACGAAGGCAACGCCAACAAGCACUUGCAAAUUCGAGUUACGCACUGGGUUCGGAAGCUGCGCAGUCAGCCCACAUCGAACCCGACGUGGCUAAAAAGCGUACUUGAGUACGCCGAUGUUCUACUUCAAAUGCUGCUAGAAGGCGUGAUCGAGGAGCCUUUCACGAAAAUGCCACCCCAAGGCCCGUUGGCCGCCCUGCCGAGGUAUCAGAACCAGCGGGUCGUAGCGGUGACUCGAAAGGUGAGCAAGCAGAUUCAAACACAAGAGCAAGACGAUCAGUGGGAAUGGCAGCGCGUCUGGAAAGGUGCUUUCGACAAAAUGCACCUGCAGCUGAAGCAGAAAACAGAGGAGACGGAGGCCCUUGCCACGGAGAACAGGGAGCUGCGGUCCCUCGUUGCAGGCUACACGAAAGCUCUGGAGGAAGCCGAGCGCAGGCAACGCGACAUCGAGGCCAAGCACCUCGCUGAGAUCGAAAACCUCCGCGCCGUGCACUCCUUGGAGCUGUCCAACCUGCAGGCCAAACAUCGCCAGAAACUCCAAGAAGUGGCGCUGCAGAACGACGAAACGUUGAUCAGCAGACGUCGAGAGAGUUUCUUGCUUCGACCAGCAGCCAGCUCCGCGUCCCAACACGAGGUCGCAGACGCCAACGCCGACUUCCUGCAGUACAUCGACGCCUUCUACUCGUCCACCCUGCACCUCACGGCCCAGAACAAGGCUUGA